AUGCCUCCUCCUCCACAUGGACAAAGGCUGAGCCAUGUGGAACGCGUGGCCCAUGCUCAGGAAGAAUGGCGUAAAUGGCUGAGUUUAAGGAAAAUGAGACUUAAAUUUGUUUCGGAAGAAACUGUCGAUGCAGGCGGCUUUGAUGUUUAUGAGUUCGGAGAAAAUUAUUUCGCAAAAGAAGCAAAGUUGGAUAGACUUUUACUGCUUUCCGAAGGUACUCCGCAUCGAAGGCAGAUACAAAGUUACAUAGAAUCGAGCAACAAAGCAGCCGACUUGUUUACCGACAAAGGUUUGCUUCGCAAAGAGGGUGGUGCAAAGGAUACUCUAGGGCUUUUGGGAAUGCUAGCCGCUGCAAAUGUUGGUGACGAGUACAUAGACAGCUUUGUCAAAGAUCUAACGGCUUAUGGGAGUGCAUGGCUUUACAGCGAUGAGUUCGAAGGCCAUAAUGCGGAUUGGCCUCCGUGGGUAACAGGACGGGACGAUGCUUCGUUGCAGCUUCAACGAUUCCAUAAUAUGGUGCAUGCUCUUGCGAGUGACAGAAAUGCGCCGUCACCUUGGAAGCAUCUUAAUGCAAUGUUUCGCCUCAACGGCUAUUUGAUGACAAUUCUAAGAUUCGUCGAUGAGCGAAAUGCUCACUUGGGAGGGCGACCAGCAUUACCCGAUGGCUCAAACAUAGCGGAUCCGGCGAUAAAGGCAGCAUGGGUACUGCAUAGGGCAUGGAUAAAAUUACUUCAUUAUCGAUCGUUAAGUUUGGGAGGGAAGACUCGUGGAAUAGAUUCACUAAAAAACAUCCUCAUUAUUGGUAGAGCACAACUAGAGCAGGAGACACGUUCUGUUCCUGUCGAGAGUAGAAAGAUUUAUGAAUCGCUCUUAGAGUUUGUAACUACAUUGCAGACUCUGACCACGUUUUUGCAAGCAUUGGCAAAUGAAUUUAGCAGAGACUCUAUUCCCAGACCAGGCUCCCAAGAACCUUAUAUCAUAUCGGAUUUCAACAUAGAUUCCGAUCGUGUAAGUGCGGCAUGGGCUCAGAUCACCCACCCUACAAAGCCUGAUCCACUAGGGAGAACUAUCAAUCCAUUUGGACCUAUGCUUCUCUGGUCACAAUUACUUGAUCGUGCUGCCGACUUCGAAGCUAAGAAUAAUAGGUACUAUGUCGAAGAUCAUUUAUACGACAAUCGUGUUAUUGCAGAAGAUGAACACUGGGAGAUUACAAAACUUAUUUCCCAAGCCAACUACGAUCCCGAUUUCAUCAAAGAUCGUAUUCCCGAUGUUGCACAAGCAAGGGAGGUUAGAGCAUUAACGAAGAAAGUCUCGCAAGUCAAUACUCAUCGGCGCAAUUACCUACUUUUAAGAGACUGGUCUAAGAAGCGGCCUUGGAAACAACUGUAUUUCGUGUUCGAUACCGUUACAACCGAUACCUGGCGUGGACUUAUUGACGACUUUUACAACACUAUGGAGCUACUUAAGAUGUUACCCGAGACACCUGAAAAGGAGCAAGAUGCGUUAGACUACAGAGCAAGUAUAGAAGCAGAUCCAGAAUCUGAAGCAAAUCUAUUUGGCAAUGUUUUCCCCAUACACCCACUUCCAAGUCAUGACCCCUGCAAGUACGCUGGUCCCUACUUUGGUAAUUGCGUAUAUUGCCUCGAAGACUACGCACCCAGGGAGUUGUGGGUGCAAUUCUUCUGUAAUCAUAUGGUGCAUUACGAUUGUGGUCGCGACUACUGGGAUAAUCCUGGAAAUCCUGACUUCAGGUGUCCUCUUUGUAGGCAUACACAGUCGUGGGAACUCCACAAAGUUGCAGAUAUUGUUCCAGAGGCUGUAGACUUAUGGGAUAACGUGGAUCUUGUGGAUGCUGCAGAAGUAUCUAAACAUCCUAUUGUCCAAAUGGAGGGUACUCCGGCCGAUGUUGAGGGAUUCAAAGAGCUUUACUGGGAGAGUGAGGCUGCGCAUUUGGCUCAAAGUGAGUCGUGGGAGUUUCGUAAUUACCAUCAUGAGAGGCCUAGAGAGCUUCACCACGAGAUGGCACAAAUGAGGAAUUCAAGAAGAAGACGUGUUCUGGCCGCAAGAGAAGAGAGACUCGAGAGAGAGAAAGAGUUUCCCACAUUGUUAGAAGAGUAG